GAACAACGCUGUGCACAGUAGUUGUCAGGGGGCGCCACUGUCCCGUGAUGUAUUCUACAAUAUAUUAACAUUCCAAGAGGGUGUGAAUUUCACGUACUGGGGAACUAGCUUAAUUCUUCCGACACUAUAUGGAGACGAAAAUUAUUGUUUGAUUUUGGACAUGUGCGGAGAAAGAGAUAUGACAUUCUUCUUUCUGUUUCCUGUAGAUAAAAUUGAUUUAGCUGGUAGAUUUGAUAUACUUGGUGCAGUAAGCACGUUUGGAUUUCACGGCAGUGUACAUGGAAUUGGAAUGUCGACCACACGACGAAUUGAAGUCAAACUACCCGAGUUGGCGGGAGAAUUUUGGAAUGGUGAUGAAAAGGUUGCAUUCAGCUUGCCCUCAGAAGCUAACGUCUGGAUAAUGACAGAGAUGGAAAAUUCGGAAUGGCCGCUCCUUCUCUUGGAGGCGCAAGGAGAUGCCUUCUUUAAAGUACCCAACCCUGUUGACUUGACAGAGUACAGGCGUUCAGAAGAGUAUGUCAUGGUGAUGGCGUCAUCUGCGUCAAUGGACAUUGUCUUGGACACAUCGCUGGGUCCGGUCGUCCUAGGGGGCGCCGUUGCCGAAAGCUCAGUAUACCUGUCCGUAGGAGUUCCACUGCAAGGUCGACAACUACAAGACCGACCACGACGACUAGGCACACCACUACUCGACGAACCACCACCGCAAAAGCAGGAACAACCAUAA